AUGUCAUUUAUUUCAUUUACAUCUUCGCAUUUUACCUCAUUGAAUCUUAUUGAUAAUCAUCUACUCGAACGUUUUGAACGUGCUGGCAUUAAAAAUUUAAUAGAUCUAUCAGCAUACACACCACUUGAACUUUCAUUUAAAUUUCGUUUACCAAUUUUUGAUGCAGAACAAAUUCUUGAAAAAUUAUUUUCAACUUUAACAAUUCAAUCGAAAAAUGUCUAUGAUAUGUUAAUACAAACUUCCUCAUCAUAUAUUCCAACAAAAUUACCGACACUUAAUCGUUAUCUUAAUGGUGGUCUAAGACGUGGCUUACUUAUUGAAUUAUGUGGUUCAUGGGGAAGUGGUAAAACACAAUUUUGUCUUCAUCUAACUGCUCAAUGUUGUUUAUUGGGUUUACAUUCAAUUUACAUUGAUACUGAGCAUACAUUUUCAUCUAUUCGUCUUUUAAAUAUGAUGGGAAAUUUCAAUAGUGAACAAGAACAUUUACUUGAACUUGUUCGUACCGAAACAGCAUUUGAUUCUGAUUCAUUAAUGAAUAUAUUAAUACAGAUUGAAAAUGAAUUAGAAGAUGAAUUUAAAAAUAAUAAACUAGAUCAAUGUCCGAUAUUAUUAAUUAUUGAUUCGAUUGCUGCUCCACUAAGAAUGUCAACGAUGGGUUAUACGCGAGACAAUAUUCUUCUAUUAUUUACUGAUCGUGCGAAACGACUUGCUACACGAUAUAAUCUUCUUGUUUUAGCAGGACUAUGCAAAGGUAUAGGGUUGUCCAGUAUGCAGAGAAAAACAUUGAAUGUAACAAAUCAAGUGACAACAAAACGUCGUUCAAAUGUUUUAACAGAAAAAACUGAUGAACAUGAAAGAUCGAACACUAACAAAACAAUAGGAAAUGAUUUUUAUAUGAGCGUUGCUCUAGGAAAAGCUUGGUCAUAUUCUGUCAAUGUUCGUCUUGCCAUAUCCUAUCAAGGUGAUACUCGUCGACAACUUAUUGUCGGCAAAUCAAUUGAAUCGCCUGGUUAUUCAAUAUCAUUUCGAAUAUUAACAAACGGUUUAGAAGAGAUAGAAGAAAAUAUAAGUAUAAAUACUCAAAGAAAGUCUUCAAAAAAAUAUAUUGUACCAAAAUUAAUACAAGCUGAUGAAAUGCAUUUAAUCGGAAAACAAUUACGACCUUGA